CGAAAGGAGGACUUGUGUCUGUGAUUAGUUAAAAGGUUUGAAGGAUGCAGGCGACGGCUGAACACUUGACAGCUAAAAUAGCGGUGUGGUGGGACAUGAAGGACUGUCCGAUUCCGGAGGGUUAGGAUGCUGGUCGGAUCCGACAGAGUUUAGAAGGGGCGUUCAAGGAAAAAGGGUACUCUGGUCUUGUCUCUAUCACUGCAUAUGGCGACCAAACACAAACCCCUGGUCACAUCCUGCAAGGGCUCUUUUCCACUGGAAUCUCUGUAGCACAUACCAUAUCCGAAAGCACAUGCAACCUCAUGUAUCGGAAUAUGGUGGAAUGGCGAGAUCAAAAUCCUCCUCCGGCUACAAUGAUGAUCAUAUCAAAUCAGGUGGGAAGUCAAUUCUCCUGGGAUCUGGUCCGGCUACAACAACGGACGCUAUACAACCUUUUUCUGGCUUAUUCAGUUAGGCCAGUAUUUAGUAUUGUCCUCUCCACAAGUCAAGAGUGGCGCUGGAAAGAAUUGCUACAAAAUAAACGAAGCGCACCGCUUGUUGUUGUUCAGGGCGCCAAGUUGUAUUGUAAGUCGUGCAAUUACGGUAGCCAACGCCUGAAGAAAUUCAGGAAGCAUCUCUCGAGUUAUAAUCAUGCACGGGAAGAGGGUGUAACCACUGUGUACACGAACGUCGAACGUGUAACGGCGGAUUGGGGAAGAAACUACAAGGCGACGCCUGAAUUUGCGACAGCUAAAAUACAGGUGUGGUGGGACAUGUUUGACUGUCCGAUACCCCAAGGUUAUGAUGCUCGUCAGGUCCCUCCGAGUAUAGAAGCGGCAUUCAAGGAACUAGGUUACUCUGGUCCUGUCUCCAUCACUGCCUAUGGCGACCAUAAACAUACUCCCCUACAAGCUCUCUCUUCCACUGGUGUCCAUGUUGCACAUGCCGUUCCCGGUGUCGAAUACAAGCGCAUGGCUGGAGAUGUGAGGGAAUGGCAUGCUGAUAAUCCUCCUCAAACAGCUGCUAUAAUAAUGGUCAUAUCGGAUAAUGUGGACAUCAUUUCAAUUGGUCUUGUCAAGCUACUACAAGAGAAUAAAUACAACCUUUUUCUGGCUUAUUCGUUUAGGCCUUACCAAAUGUCAUACCUGCUCACUUCUGCAGAGUGGCUCUGGGAAAGCUUACUUGCAGGUCCUCUCACGAAGCACAGUCUUCUCAGUGAAAGUGAAAGCAGUGUAUCUACCGCAAUGUUUCAUUGCAAAUUGUGCCGCUUUGAUACCAUAAGCAUUGAUAAUUUCAGGGCACAUCUCUUAAGUGAUGAAAAACAUGCGCAAGAAGAGAAAGUAUUUUCGAAUUUAAUAUAUAUUGUAUUCAAAACGCGAGGCGAUGUCGAGUAGCUGAGUACGAUCGACAUCAUUGCCCAGACCGCCAGAGGUAAAAAGAUUAUCGAACGAGCAAACUUAUGAAGAAAGCAACCCGGCCACUUCUUGAUGAUCAGUUACGUCUUACUAAUCGACGUUGAUCUAAAACCUAGAGUGGUGAACUUGUUAGCAGCAGCACCUCUUGCUUUUCGUUUCUAGUCUUUGUUUUAAUUUGAAGUAUUUUAUUUUAUUUUGCUUUGAUUGUUUAAUAUAAUAGUUUUAUCUCUUAAAAAAACAAGUUAAUCUUA